UCAUUAUCACACAGUCAGUGGAAGUGUGUGUGUGUGGGUGAUGUGAGCGUCUCUACAGGACACACACAUUUGCGCCGGUGGAGAGAAACAGGACAGGUAAAUGGAUCCAAUGCAGCCCAUUCAGAGCUGCCCUAUGUCAGAAGGACCCACUGGAGUUUUAGGACUCCACAAACCACCAGUCCCAGCCCUGCUUGGAAACCCCUGCAAACUGCCUGUAUCCUCACACUGCCAGAUGGUCAUGACUGGAAACCCACCAGUGUUGGGACAGACCCAGGCACUGCGGACAAAUCCAGCCAUUCAGGAGAGAGUCAGACUAGACUCUACCGCACAAUCCACAAAUUGUAUCAGCAUCAGUCGACCCAGGCCUACGGCUCUGGGGACCAAGGCAACAAUCAAAGUCUCCAAACCCACCGAGCCUUCUUUGCAGGUUAAAGCUACAGGAACGCCCAACUUCUUGUCGCACAGCCCGACUGAAUCACCAUUGCCUUAUUGCAACCCCCCAAACCCACUGAGUCCCUCUUCUCAACUCAGUUUCAACCCCCUAUCCAUUCCCCCAACACUUCCAAGCCCUCCAUCACAGCCCAUCCGUGCAAACACACACAAUAAUCUAAUCGCCAGACCAGUCCCCAACCCAAACCCCAAUCCUCUGUCUAACCACAUUCCUCAACCAGUCCUGAGUCCAGAAACACAUGUACCCAACGCAGGAGACACUACUGACAAGAAGUUGAGCAAGACCAUCAGCGAAGAGGGUGAUUUCAGAGUGCAUAUUGUCACGUGGAAUGUUGGCUCCAGUAUACCACCUGAUGACAUCACAUCCCUGUUUGGGCCCGGCGUUGAAAAUGGGAGCACUGACAUGUUUGUUGUUGGACUACAGGAAGUAAACUCCAUGAUAAACAAGCGGCUUAAAGACGCUCUCUUCACAGACCAGUGGAGUGACCUCUGCAUGGACACACUCAGUCGUUUUGGAUAUGUGUUGGUGGCGUCUCAGAGGAUGCAGGGGGUUUUCUUACUGGUGUUUUCCAAAUUCUGUCACCUUCCCUUCCUCAGGGGAGUACAAACCCAAAGCACACGCACUGGCCUGGGCGGCUACUGGGGGAAUAAAGGGGGCGUGAGUACACGUAUGAUGGUUUUCGGACAUCCUGUUUGCUUUCUCAACUGCCACCUGCCGGCUCACAUGCGAAACCUCGAGCAGCGGAUGGAGGACUUUGAAAGCAUCCUUCAGCAGCAGCAGUUUGAGGGCGGCACCGCCGUGGGCGUGCUGGAUCACGAUGUGGUGUUCUGGUUUGGUGAUCUGAACUUCCGAAUCGAAGGUUAUGAUAUUCACGUGGUGAAAAGUGCAAUUGAGAAUGACAAACUGCCUCUACUGUGGGAAAAAGAUCAGCUCAACAUGGCGAAAAAAAGCGAGUCCGUUCUGGAGGGAUUUAUAGAAGGCCCACUGAAAUUCCCGCCAACUUACAAGUUUGAUGUGGGAACACACACUUAUGACACAAGUGCAAAAAAGAGGAAACCUGCAUGGACAGAUCGCAUCCUGUGGCGUCUGCGCAGGACGGGCUCCCCCGUGCCGUCCCAUUAUUCUGCCCUGCAGAGGGGUCUGACCUCAUGGCUGGGCGGCGCCACCAGAGUUUCUCAGCACUUCUAUCGCAGUCACAUGGGCUUCACUAUUAGCGAUCACAAGCCAGUGUCCUCCCUCUUUACUUUGCAUUUUCCCUUUAAGGUGAACCAACCAUUAGUGACGCUGGAAGUGGAGAAAGAAUGGACCAAGUUCUCUGAUGCUACAGCAAAACUCACAAUGGCACAUGGCUUUCAGAGGAGUUCAUGGGACUGGGUGGGACUGUACAAGGUGGGAUUUAAGCACCACAAGGAUUACGCUGCUUAUGUUUGGGCCAAAUCUGAGCAGUCGACGCAGGUGACAUUUUCUGAGGAAGAUUUGCCUAGAGACCCGGGGGAAUAUAUUCUGGGAUAUUACAGUAACAACACGAACAGCAUCGUGGGAGUGACAGAACCAUUUCAGGUGCAGCUUCCCAUGUCGACACCACCUGCACCAGGGUGUCGUUCGCGCUCUGACAGUUCAGAUGUCAGCUCUGAAGACGACAGUACGCUGGUCCUGUUGGCUCCCAUCUCUCGUAGCCCCAGCCCUGGAAACCACAGCGGCAAACGGCAUCACAACCACCAGAAGCGGCAGCGCAGCCGCAGCCCCGCCGUACCUGCGCUCUCCUCAUCGCCCCUUCCCUCCCUGCAGUCUCUCAGCCUGUGCCCACGGCCCCGCGACGGCCCCGCACGGAGCUCCUCCCCGCACCCUUCCUCCAAUGCCAAGAAAGAGCGUCUGGUUUCUCCAGACACGUUAACCUCGCCCUCCCUCAGUCCUCUUAGUCCACGGAGCCCUGCGUCUCCUAGGAACGGAGUCAGCGCUCCGGAGGCUCUGAUAGCGGCCAUUUUAGGAGAGCCCAGGCCCGCUCAGAUAGAAAAAGCAGGGGAUGUGAUUCUCUGACCAAUCCCCCCGCCCCUUCCUUUCGAGUCAUUUCUAGACUUUAGCAGAUAUCGUAAUGCAACUCUAGAGAAAUGGCCUGUUUCAGGUCGUCCUCUGCUGCUUUUCAGACCUGCAGCUGUUUGUGAUCUCAUGCCUUGUCGUGCUUAAUUGUUUCACAAACUCUUCCUCAGUUCUCAGUGGCUUUGCCAAUAGAGAUUCAACUGGUCUUGCAU